AUGACCGCUCAACAAUAUACAGAAGAAGAUGGAGACCUCCCUCCGCUGUAUGAGCCAUUGGCAAAACAGCAGCGUCAAAUCAGAUUACUUUUUCUAAGAGCAACGAAUUCGGAGCAGGAAGACGAACCCAUCACGAGUUUACUUGUUCCACUAUCGCUUGACGAAGUCAAAACACGAUAUGCGGCUUUGUCACAUGUAUGGGGUCUCCCGGAUUCUUCGCAGAGUAUUAUCGUCAACGGGAGACUCUUCCCGGUUUCCACAAACUUGCUGGAAUUCCUCAAAUCACAUCGACGCCGCUGUCGGAACACAUCUGAAGUACGAAUGCUCCCACUGUGGAUCGAUAGCAUAUGUGUAAACCAAAUGGAUAUCGCAGAACGCAACAGCCAAGCCAUGCUCAUGAAGCCGAUUUAUCAAAAUGCGGGCAUGGUAGUGUCAUGGCUGGGUACGUCGUUUCCCUUGAGCGAUUGGGUAUUCGAAGUCAUGAAGCAAUUCAAGGAGCAAAUAGACAUGACCCGUAAUCCCAAGACGUCGAAAGUUAUAGACGCUAGCUGGCUUAGGUUGUUCCCGCAGGCGUGUAAGGAGGACUCUCCGGCCUCCGGACCUCUGAGAAACGUGGUAUGGGACUCAAUCAGGGAGCUCUGUGCGCAUCCAUAUUGGAAGAGGAUCUGGAUUGUUCAGGAAAUAGUACUCGCAAGCACAGUCAUGUUGUGCUGCGGAGAUGACCUGAUCGAUCUUGAGGAUGUUAUUCAAGUGGUCCGGUGGUUGACCAGACUAGAUCCAUCAUUGAACAAGCCCGAUAACAUGGAACCCGCUAUCUGGAAAAUGCUCAGCUCGAGGCAGUACUCUGAAGCAGUCAUGGGCUUGCAGUCUGUUCUCCAUAUUUGGGCCAUUCGGGAGCGCAAAAAUACGCAGGGAUGGGCUCUAACGAACUCAUUACGAAACCACGAAUCAACUGACCCGCGAGAUAAGCUAUAUGGUUGUCUUGGUAUCACAGGGUUGAAUAUAGCACCCGACUAUUCUAAAAGUGUUAAGGAUGUUUAUAUUGAAGCUGCUUCUGCUCUUAUGCAGGAGAGUUUCGAGUCGCUUUUAUUGCUUUCUAUACGCGAGGGAAAAAAGGAUUCGACGCGCGAACCACUUGAUAUACCCUCUUGGGCACCGAAUUGGGCAAAGAGUGCCCCUGGAACUUAUUCGGCCAACCACUCGUUCAUGGCAUCAAAGGGCUGUCCAACAAAUUCAGAACCGGUAAUCUUGAAUUACAGCCUGCAUUGCACUGGUGUUCUCUGCGAGGAGGUGGUGGCAGUGGAGUCUGUGUUGACACCUGAACAGUGUCUGAAGUUUUGCUGCAAUCAUAUCGCCACACGAGAGACAGAUAAAUACCCAACUGGCAUUCCGCAUCUCCGCGCGCUUUUCCAGGUAUUACUAUCUGACUGGGAUACCAUGGUUAAUUGUCGUUCGGAGCCAGAAAGUAUGAUGUAUCAAGUUAUCGCAUGUGGCCUUUUGCACCUUUUUCUCGAUUACGAAGUCCGAUACAGAUCGAAAAACGGAACACCACAAAUCAACAACCCGUUACCCACACUUGGGCUUGACACUAGUCACUCAGAUUUAUCCACAGCUUUUUGGAAUAAGAUCGUCGGAACAAGCAGAGAACCGGGCAACUGCAUUAUUACUGGCUCGCGGGAACAGCAAACUGCGGCGAUGAAUGCGAUCGGAGAAAGGUUAGCGACCACGAUUCUGACAGCUCUACGAAAUUCUCUCACUCACCGCAUAGGCCCCGAAAGUGUACAGCCUGGGGAUCAAGUAUUUGUGAUGUUUGGUUGCAACCUUCCGAUACUCCUGCGACCAAAGGACAUGAAUUAUACCCAUAUUGGUCCGUCUUAUGUGGUGGGAUUUAUGGAGGGUGAAGCUAUGUUAGCUAUCAAAGACGGGACCAAGGUGGCGCAAAAGUUAGAAAUACGUUAG